UCCACUAAACCCGGAAGUAACUGCCAAUCCUUUGCAGGUGGUGCGAACCGCGCCAUAUUUUCCUCUUUUGGUGGACAAACCUGUUGCUGUACGUCUGUGGUGUCGUCCGGUGUCAACAAUGGCUUUUUUCAGGACGUGUUUCAAACUGUUGGUGUUUGUUGGAAUUGUCGCCUUGGCCGUACUGCUGCUGAACCACUGGAUGGCCACCAAGCAGUACCUUUUCGACAAAGACGAGGUUGCCAAAUUGGCCAAACAGUACGCGGGGCAGGACCAUGAGCAGGCCUACUCGAAACUGGUGGUCGAGCUCAGGAAGAGGUAUCCCGGACACAUCCUGCCAGAUGAAGACCUGCAGUGGGUGUUUCUGAAUGCCGGAGGCUGGAUGGGAGCCAUGUGUGUGCUCCACUCCUCGCUAACGGAAUACGUCAUCCUGUUCGGUACUGGGAUCGACACAUCGGGACACUCAGGUCGCUACUGGGCUGAGAUUUCGGACACCAUCAUCUCUGGUACUUUCAGAAGGUGGACAGAUGGAACCACCAAGAGUGAACUUUUCUAUCCUGGUGACACUGUCGUGCACGGGAUGGGCGAGGCUGCAGCCGUCCAGUGGUCUGCUGGGACGUGGAUGGUGGAGUACGGCAGAGGUUUCAUCCCGUCCACGCUGGCUCCGGCUGUGGUGGACACCAUUUUCAGUACCCACGACUUUGUCACCCUGUACCACACCAUGAAAGUCUGCUGGAAGGCCAUGCUGUUGGAGAUUGGAACCACGCUUGCCGAGGCCGGAGUGUUCUAAAGGCGAGGAAGGGCGACACACGGUUUUGACACCUGCACUGAGACAGUAGCAUCACAAUUUGUCGAUGUGCUGUUAUGUCUUUGAUGUCUGGCUAUGGAGUCCCAUGUUACCAGAUGAUCGCUUUUUACUGUAAAUGAAAGAUCCUUGAUAAGCUUGAGUUUAUCCAACAACAUCAAACUGCAUCAGCACUAAAAAAAAAGGUGAUUCUUUGUCUUUUUUAAAAAUAGAUGCAAGCAUGCCCUCCUACAUUUAUCUUACACUAACAAUAAAUAACACUACAAGAGCAUUCCUUUUAAAGCUCCCUCCAAAGCUGCCCAAGCAGACAAUACAGCAUUUGGUGCUAGCUAACAAAACAAAGCUCAAAAAUCCUUCAACUACAAUUGUUCAGUGUGACGUUCUGUUCUUUUUUUCUGUAAUUGAAACAUGCUGAUGCUGGUUGCUGAUCCUCAUGCUUCCAAUUAUGUUGAGUGCUGGGAUAGUGUUAUAUCUUUAUGUUUAUGUCUUUGUAAAGAGAUGGUCUAUAUAACUUGCCAAAUCCCAUUCGGAAAAACUAUUGCUACAUUUCUCAUCAGAGCAUCUCAUUUGUGUUGCGUUUAUUUCCUCUAACAAGUCUGAUUGUCUUAUAUCAAAUUUUUUAACUGAAUACAUCCUCAAAUAUACUAAAGUUCUCAGAUCGACCAUGUCAGGUUUAUAUGGUUCAUGUAUGUAUUGAAGGAAUGAUAAACGCUGUACCUUAAAUGGUCAUGAGCACAUAUGCAAAUAUACUUUUGGAAAUUUU